CGGCGGCUGCGUCCAACACGCGACGAUGAUAUUGCGCGAUAAUCGCGCCUUUUCGUAGAAUAAAUUUUACUCGAGAGAUAGAAGAGCGUAUGAAUCUUGUGUGGGAAGACGAGAUCGUUUUCAUUUUGGUUCUCGAUUCUUGUGAGCAUACGGCUUUGACGUUCCCCAAUCGAGGAUUGAUCCACUCCGGCUGAUGAGUGUUGUUGACUGUACCGAGGGUGUGUUCAAGACAUAUGCGUAUUAGCGGCUGGAGUCGGAAGGGUCUGUUCUGCGAGAGUUUUAGUAACAUUUGGAGCAAACAUGGAUAAACGGCGAUCCAUGGACGGAGGAACGCAGGAAUAUCCUUUGCCUGCUCCGGUUCAGAUGUUCCUUUGGAGUAAAAUAAGGCCAUUUAUUCGAGCUAAACUAGGAAAACUUCAUGAAGCGUCUUGCACGUUCUGUCAAAACGCGCCAGGCCAUCAUGAAAUGAAGGAAGCAUGCACGUGCCUUGAAAGGGUUUUAGUGCAAAAUCUCCACAAUGAUGUGGUACCCUCGCUAAGUAAGAUAUUGAGAACCGUGCCACGUUGGCGUUUGAUUCAAGCCGCUCUUCCUUACGUCCUUCAUGCUACGGCCAGCCUCUUGCACAAUAGGAAGGAUUUUCAGACUCUCGGCACAAUGGAAACGACUCUUCUUUACAUUCUUCACUGGAUACUUUUGGAUUCAGCUGAAGAAUGCGCGGAGAACGAGUCCGAUCCGUCGAAUCCUUUUUUCUACUUGUUUCCGAUACCUACCAUGACUCUCUUCAUCUAUCUAUUUGCACCUCUAUGCAAUCACUUAAAGGACAUUGACUUCAAGUCGAGUUUGCGAUUAGAGAACGGCCUAAAAGUAUGGUCCGCCAUGUACGAAUGCCGUCAUCCGGAUGCAUCUUGCUUCACAGCGCAUUGUCGUGGCAAACCGCGCGUUUAUUGGAACCAAGCUUUUAAAUCCGCCAAGCAUCACAUGUUGAUGGAUGGCGUUUUCGUUGGAGGAAAUGUCGAAAGUCCUCCCAGCCAAUCGACUUCGGAACAAAGUGCUCCACCGUCUUCGAGAGUAAUUGACGAAGAUCAACAGAGUACUUGGCUGUCCUCACCAAAAGACACGGUUUUCCCGGAAACGAUCCCUGAGGAGAGCUCUGGCGCAGAGGACGAGCACGUGGUAAUAUUCAGGUUACCAUCUUUGACUGAAUCGGAGAGAAUGCUUGACGGAGUAAAAGAGGUUUCCACCAUAUUCGCGGGCGAGGCGAGCAUCUUUCACGUCGCGAUGGGCAGGACAACCACCUCCUCGAGAUCUACAAUAGAACAGUUCACGAUAGAACAAGUCACGGCAAUUUCCGGAUUGGACACUUGCAAACAGUAUCACGGAAGAUCUACGAAAUCCGGAGGUAUGGAUAAGGAGAAAGAAGAGAAAACUUCUAAGGCGGAGAAGGAAGUGCAGGAAACUUCCAAAACGCGUGGAAGUUUCUCGCUGCAACGUCAAGCGGCUGCAGAUACACCUGCAGCCGAGCACAUCACUGGUUCUACAGUCGUUGAUUCGGACGUUCGUGCGGCAACCUUUCUGGACGUAGCCACUUUGAGAUGUUUGUUCGUGCCUCAAUGGCAGGAGGAAGGCGUGCACUGGGCUCUCCAAUUUUUCUACUACCGGCUACGAAGAAUCAACGAAGAAACCUCAGUGCAACAGAUGCCACGUCGCCGGAGCAACUCCUUGCCUAUUCCGAAAAUUGAAGUUUCGAUUUAUCAAAGCCCCGAGAGCAAGAAAAAGGACGUUUCUAUAAAGGAUUUCAUAGAGGUGCCUGACACGCGCGAUCCCUCUUCGACAACGGCCCAAGAAGGCGAAUCGAAGCAUACCAGACGCGCCAGCGAGAAAACGAAAAAGCGCAUGAAGAUGGCCGAUCUCAGAGCCUUUGUGGAAACAAAGCUUCUAUCAAAAUCUGACAAGGCACUUGAGAAGAUUGGCCAGGAAGAACCUAAAAUGUUAUUUGAGCAGGAACGUCAUACGAGUCUUGAUACUGGAGAAGAUCAUCUGACCGCAAGACCGACUUCGGUACCAAGCAGUUCAAAAAUUUUUGAGGCAAAAGACAUUGAUUACAUGAAGCAUCCUUCAAAUCUAAUCAAAGGAAAGAGUAUGCCGAGUUUAAGCUGCUUGAUUAACGAGCUGACCGCGGGAGGGUACAUCGGCGAUACUCGCAUCGAGAGGAAGCAGAGUCAGUUUUAUAGUCAGUCUUACGCCGCGCCGAACCCUAUUAUCACUGUCACGGAACACACGCCAACCCCAUCCCCUGAUUAUAUGAAGCGUCAGGGAUCCAUCGACAGUCAAUUAGAUGUCAUCAGCGUUCAAGGUCCUCGUUUGUGUUCCGAGAGGAAACCCAGUCUUACGAGGUCUCAGACGGAUUCGAACAUUACUUACAUGAGCGACGAAAUGCCGGAAGCUCCAGGUUCUGCGUGUUAUAUCACCAAAGAAGGUGAUAUUGAUCUGCAAGUCGUCUUGAAGGCGAUACACUUCGUCGCUUUGCGAGAUAAUACCACCUGCACGCCGCGAGUCUGCGAGAUUAUGCUGAACUUGAUGGAACUCUUAAUGGACAUGGGAGUGAUGAAGCAUUGCCUCCGAGAGGAAGCCAUCGGCAGUAAUGCAGGAUCCGGUACGGGGAUCGACAAUAAGUCCGAAACAGGAAAGAAGCAGGAUUCGCCAACAGAAUUACAUCAAGAACCUAGAUACGAUUCGAACGGCAAGGACAAACCGACCGCUCACAAUCUUCUUAUGAAUUGCGUGAUCAGAGUGCUAAGGCACCUAGGCUGUCCACAUGGUUGCCUAGACGGAGUGCGCGGGCCUCAAGCUGAUAUCUGUCGAUCCCAAGGCCAAACUAUCUUGACAAAACUGCAUCGUGCGAGUUCCCGUCAAUUCUCACGAUUCUUACGAGCGAUGAUGCGGGAGCAACCGCUGACAGAAAUCUUGGACUUCUUUCACGCGUACGUUGGAUACUGCGUCGAUCCAAGUUCAUUGUUAUCGCCGCUAAACCAAAAAAGAAUGUCGGGAAAAUCACCGGACGUGGUCACCCAAAGUGGAUACGCGACAAACUUUGGUGCUGGCAUGAUCAGUUCUGGAACCGGCGGGAGCGGGGUCGGUACUUCCGGCGCAAGCGGCGGGAACAUGACGACGAACGGCGUCGCGACGUCGUACAACACCGGCGGUUACGGAGCGCGUGGUAUCGAGGGGCAAAUCUUUGCCUGCGUCUUCAAAGUCUUGGUCACGCGGCUCAUCGAUUCCACAAAGCAUCUAAAGGCGCAAGAGAACAUCAGUCUCUAUUGCGACGUGCGACAAUUGAUGACCUACGUCAAGGAAGCGCACGGUGGCAUUUUUCGGCGGGUCGCUCUAAGCGGAAUUCUGGAAUCCGCGGAUCGACCGAAUAAACGAUGUAACAGCAACAUGCAGACAACACGUGUCAUAAGACAUAUUCAUCAAUCGGAUUUAGAGGAACACCCGGAUAUCGGAGGAGACACGUGUUACACCGUUGACGACAGAGGCACGCGCAAAUUUCUCUUUAAGAAAAGGAGCACAUCGUCUACUUGCGCUGCGGGCUCCAACUUGCAGAGUCUUCUCGAGACGGAAUUGAGCGAGGAGAACAUGAAGAUCAGUCAAAGCCCGUUGGGUAAUUUGCGCAAGAAGCAUCACGUGUUGACACCCAGACAGAGCGAACGUAAUUUAGGCGUUGGCGAGCCUUCCCUGGGACCGCGGAAGUCGACGCGAUUUCAAAUUGGCGGUAUCGUUAAUUGGUUCCGGAAGGAGUACAGUCGGACCGAUUCCACAGAUAGCCAUGAAAGUAGUGAAUCGCCCACAGACGGCAGCUUUGUUAGACAACCCAGCUUCCAUUACGGCCAUCAUCGCAACGCGUCGCGAAGCGGACGUGGGGUUGGUGUAACUUUGCAAAAAGCGAAACGUCGAAUGGAGGAUCAGUUGAAUAAAAUCGGUUUCGGAAAGAGCAAGAAAAAAGAAAGCAUGGAAGAGACGCCCGGCAACUAUUUCAGUCGAAAGAAUUCCAUGGAGCUCGGCGAGGCUUGCAGAGAAUCCGAGUUCGUUGUACUGAAAGAGAGAAGAUUGGUACCUCGCUUCGCUGUGUUCGAAGGAAUGUUACGAUUCUCCUUUCUUCUGGAGACCUGUCAACCAGGCUCUGUUCCCGAUCCCCAUCUGAUGGCGUCGCUUCUGGACCUUCCGUACGCGCCAGUAGUAUCUCGCGCUUGCUUGAUAUUGGAAUGCGCGAAUUUGGUGCACCAAUGCAACAAGGGCCACUGGCCCGCGUGGAUGAAGCACAAUUUUCCCAUAUUUCGACCGUCUGUGCCGAUGAACAAUCGAAACGCCUCCACCGCGCUCAGACGCGUUCACGUACUACAACGCACCGCGGGAAAAAUGUUUUACCAGUGGGCAGAGGCUAUAGGAGCACGUUUGGAAGAGUUCUUGGCAGAGGAUAAGCAAAAUAUGGAGCAGGUGACCAGCAUAGUGUCCGACGAGAGCAAACAAAGAGAUUUGGUUCUGGAAGACGAGGAGGAAGAUUUUCUAGAUGAUGCGAGCAUAAAUAAUUACGGAUCUCAAUGUCCAUUUGCCUUACGUCUCGUCGCUUGCGUUCUGUUGCUGGAAGUGACAGCUUUCCUGAGAGAAACUUACCAAACUUUGCCGAAGUCGAGUAAAUUGUUGACGAAAGAACGUCCUCCGCCUUGGGAAAGAAUGUACAGUCGUGAAGCGAAUCGACGGUGGAGCGUGGCUUUAUCGUCCAUGGGCCAUUCGCAAGCUUCCGCGCAGAGUCUUCAGUCUAUAGCCGGUGAUCGUGAAGUUGUCGCGGAGCGCAAAAUCAGUUUUGUCCUCUACGAACCCGAUAAUGAGUCUGAGGGAAGCAGCAAAUCGAAUGUUACGAUUCAAGGUGAGGAACUCCAAAAUGUCGAGAAGGAAAAAGCGAAGAGGGUGCAGACACCUCAAACUAGACCAUUCCUUCUUCGUCGCAGUACUGCCGGAGCUGCGACUGGCUCGUUUAAAAAGAGAAGCCUUAAACUUCGUCGCAAUACUAAGGAGGGCAAAGAAACGGAGUGCGAGGCGUAUACAGUAAAGCGUGCCGAUUCGAUUCAGUCCAAGAGGAAAGUGAGCUCGCUUUCCGACAGAAGUGACACGUCUGAACCUGGUGCCGGCGGUGAAGUCAGUGGCGAUGAAUCGCCGGGCAUUCUCAGCGACGAUCAACCACCGGAGAGUCCGAGUGACAGCAACGAAACCGAUGAGACCAACAAGAAUUUCCCGUGGAUGAAGGUGCUUGUGCAGGUCGCCAAUUCCUUCAAUUUUUAUUGCUCUCAUCAGAACUUCUGCCAUCCUUUUUGCCAUCGACGGCAAAUGCGCGCUAGCAGCAGAUUAAUAAAAUCCGUUAGAAAGAUCUACGGAGAGAAAUUUGGUAUACUAAACGGUACAGGUCUAUUGGAUAUUGACACUGAUAAGAAAGAGGACAAGAAAGACAAACGCAGCCGCAAAGUGUCUGAUCAAACAAGCACGCAGGUGUCGCCUAUUCGAAGAAAAGACAGCGUGGGACGCAAGUACAAAAUAGAGAAAAAUCUAGAUGGUUCUCAAUCUGGUCGAUUAACUCAAAGGGAUUCCUCGAAAGAUCUCGCAGAGCAGGACUCAGAAAGAGGCAAGGAGUCCCUGAGAAGGACUACAACAAAAUACGACGUUGAAGAGGAAAGAGAUAAAGAGCCACCGCCAAUCUUGAAAUACAUAAAGACUCAAGUGAAGGAUGCUUUCCAUGCACCUUUGGCGACUUUAAUCAAAGGGGCGGUCGUCAUGACGGAAGAUCUGUUUGUGGAAGUGCUACCUGUCGCGUGGGAGCUCUUAUUAGAAUCCAAUCAAGAAGUCGCCGCAUCAGCAGCGGCGCUUUUUAUAAUAUCGGCCGUGCGAGCACCGAAUCAGGCCAGCGAUAUAAUGCAUAAAGGUCUUCAGCACAAUAAUACUAGUGUGCGCAUCAAUGCUAUUUUGCGAUUUCAAGUUUUAUGGAAAUUACGGUAUCAAGUGUGGCCGCGGAUGGAAGAGGCGGCUCACUUAACUUUCAAAGUACCUCCACCAGGAAUAGAAUUUACCUUGCCUUCGCCGAAAAUUGGAAUAGAAUCCUUACCGGUAGUUGAUCCGCCCUGGAUGCCUCAGGUCAAAACCAAAAUGGAAGAAGUCACUAUCAAUCAGGAACAUCAUAGAUCUUUGGUAACUGCAACGAAGACGCGAAAGAAGCAGCAGACCGAACUAAUCACGAAGGCUCUUCAGGCACAGGAUGAUAAAAAGCGGGAAGAAAGAGAAAAUUUUUUAAUUACGACGAUACCGAUUACUGUACAAGCCGCUUACGAGCCCAGCCCAGUGGGCGAUGAUCACGAUGAAGGUAUAUAUAUAGUCCAUCUUUAUUCACUUCUUGCAAUAAUUCUCUCAUUAUUUUAUGAAAAUAAUGUAGGAGAUGAAGAUGCUGCUGAGACUGUCCCGAGGAAUACUCAAUCGCAUCACGGUCAGUCAGCUCUCUCGUUGUUUCCUUCAUCGCUAUGUUCAGCGAUUGUUCAAAUUAUUAAUCUUUUGGACGAUCCAGCGGUCUCUGACGAUGGAAACGCGGUAUAUGAAGUGGCAUAUCAGGUAAUCUGGAGUUGUUUGGUGGAAGAUAGCGCUUUGUUUCUUCGAUACGUGCUAGAGCGUCUCACGAGAGAGAAGCAAGAGUUGAUGUUCAAAAUUUUGAGACAUCUUAUUAGAUUUGUGCCGAAAUUACCACAACAGGCUGCGUUUGCACUGUACAAUUAUAUUAUUGGAUAUGUCAUGUUUUACGUGCGUACUCCGCACGAGGAGGGCCAAAAGUUGAUUGGAACCGCAUUGUCAAUCUUGUGGAUGGUGGUGCACAGUGUACACGGCAUUAUGUUUAAAGAUCUAAAGCAAAUCCUGCGGAAGGAACAAUGUGAUGCGUCAAUCCUACUUACGGCGAAUGUUCCGUCAGCGAAAAAGAUAAUCGUUCACGGCCCACAGGAUCCCGAUGCCGGAGAAAUACCCUCGCAGUUUCCGGUCCAAGAGGACACGCAAUUUUGCCAGAUACUGCGAGAGUCUUUGGACUUUUUCGGUAUUGAAGAAGCGAAGCAUCAAGAGUAUUUCCUUGUAGAUUAUAAGACGCAUCAAAUACACAAUCCUUCGUCAUACGUUAGAGACUACUAUUUCUUCAAGAGAUCUCAAUUUCCGCAAAUUGAACUCGUUCACAUGAAGCCGGAAGAUGCAUUCAACGCGUUGCAACGGCAGGAAUUGAUGCACAAAUUCGUAGAGAUAGGAAAGGUACUGUUGACCUGGGCGAUUCUGAAGAAUGUCGAUAUGGUAGUGCAAAGAGUUGUGUUUCUUCACGAAGAGCUUAUGAAGCUACCAUCAUUCCCGCGAAAAGCGCUGGAAGCGGACUUAGAUCUGUACAAAGGCGGUGAAAUUGGGAGAGAGCUUCUUGGGCUGGACGUGAUGCAUAAAUUUAUGUGGGUUAGACUGAUCGCGCGCAUGUUCGAGGCCAUGGCCGGCAAUUUCGCGUAUUCUGGUGAUAUACAUCUCUUCCUGAAUGUUCUGAAUGGCGCCGUGAUCAUUCACAGCGAGGAUUCCUGCAUUCUACGCUACGUCGUGGCGACUUACAUAAACGCUGCGCAUAAUUUCAAAAAUAUCUUCUCGACCAACGGUUACUUGCUGAUCAUGCCGACCUUACUACAGCUGUACUCGACGCAUCAGACGAACAAGCUCGUGACGACCACUGUCGAGUAUGCCGUUAAACAAUUUUAUCUCAUGAACCGUAAACCCUUUAUUCUACAAAUGUUUGGCAGUGUGUCCACAAUAUUGGACACGGAUUUGAUAAGCGUUCACGGCGAGGCUCAUAAGGUUCCAUCUACGUGCCUAUUUAACUUAUUAUUGAGUUUGGAAACUCCGUCGCCGGAUCCACUCAAUAUAGGAGAAUUGGUGAAGGAAGAGAAACCUUUAAAGGCGAUAGAUUUUUGUUACCAUGACGAAAAUGAAAUGGUCGACGUACUCGACUGUAUAUCUCUCUGUGUGAUGGUGAUAGCUUACGCUCCUGACUCGAUCAGAGGUCAACAGAUGCUGACAAUAUUGGAAGCAAUACUGCCGUGCUACGUUCAACAGAUCCAAUUACCUACGUAUAAUAAAGAAGGCAAAACGGAGAAGGAGAUAAUAAAUCAAUUAGCAAUUGCAGUUAGGACAUUAGUCAAUAAUUCCGAGGCAUUGACGAAGUAUUAUAACGGUCCGCAAAAAUCGAGCCCCGAGCACAAAGGUUCUAGUCAAAGAAAUUUCGGUAAAGGUCCGUAUUCACCAGGUUUCGACUUCGAAGACGACACUCAUACGAAGUACAUAGAGCACUCGAAAGCUCGACAUUUUUACGAUCGAGACGAAGAUUUCCAUAAAAACGAGUUUAGGAGACCACGUGAUACUUUAUUAAAUAUGGUUGGAGAUUUCGUAGCUCGGUGUUCCACUCGUUUAGUAGAGCUCAAUAAGAAGUCUCAAGACGGAAAAACCAUUGAGUUGCUGGAUUCAAAAUGUCAUGUGCGUCUGGCUGAUAUCGCUCAUAGUCUUCUAAAGAUCUCUCCAUACGAUCCGAUCACUAUGGCUUGCCGUGGUCUUAAACGAUACAUGAAUGAUAUUCUUCCUUCAACGGAGUGGGUGGCCGACGAAAUGAGGCCGGCGUUAACGCUCAUUCUCAGAAGAUUAGACAAAACAUUCAGUAAAAUACACAAGAAACCAUCGAUCAGAAGGAAUACGGAUUGGGUGGCUGCCAGUAAUCUUUUGCAAGGAAUUUACGAAACUCUGGCGAAAUCUCCAUACAUUGCGCACUUUCAAUAUUUAAAGACGUUGUUAUCUACAUGUCAGGCUUUAAUUGUUGGAGACAAUCUAUCUGAAGAUUUAACUUCGGCUUCUACGGCUGCUUUAAUGAACAAGCUGCCCUCUCCAAUUCCACCUCCGCAUUUUUGCUCGGCGGUGUUACGUCUGAUUGCUCUACAUGUGAUAUCUUUCGGCGAGGGAUAUUCCUUGGAGAAUGUUAUCGGUGGUCAGAACAUGUUCGCUACUCAAACACGCACGGAAAAUGCACUAUUGAACUUGUUAAUACCACUAUUUCUGCGCGUUGGAACUGGAAGAAAAGACGUACCGAGACUGAAACAAUCGGACAUCUCUUUUGCUCUAACAACCGUGUUGAACACACUUUGGCCGCCGGGUGCAAAACCGAUACCGCUGACGAUGCAAAGACCACCGACGGAUACAAGGACCGGCAGUAUAACGUUUACCGCGAGAGAUCCGAAGGCUUUAACGAAAACAUCGUUAACAUUAUACCAGGUCGCUUUUCUAGCACUUAAAAUAAUGACAAUAUGUUUCGAAACUGAACUGAGAACUGAAUGUCGGGUAAUUCUACGCGCAAUGCGUCUUCUGAAUAAGCGCAACGAAGCUUCCACAUACCUCUGGAACUUCAUAGAAUUUAUUGUGACGCAUCGUACAGCCUUGUACAUUCAAAUGCUUCCGUUUAUCGUGUAUAAGAUCGGACAAGCGCCGAUAUCUGAGCACGAACGAAACAUGCACUCUAUCAUACGCGAGAAGAUCCAUGGUAGCAGUACCACCGUGCCAAAAUCGCGGGGCGCGCUGCUGUUGGAUCUCAUUCACGAAUUAAAAAAUCUAAAGCAAGAAAUUGAGACUCGAAGAUGCGACGAGAUGCUACCGGAACCUAAGAGAAGCGUGGUGGAUAUGCAUUCGAUAAGCGAGGGCCAACCGCGUACUCAGAGGCCGUCCCUGCUGAUGGACCUUUUGACCGGUGAUUUGGGAUCGAGAUCUCACGCAAAUCGUACGCCUUCUGAGACACCAGUGUCUCAUUCCACAGCGAUUCAAUCGCAAUCUUAUUCGACUCAAUCCAAUACGAGUAGCACUGUUAAAACUGCACAUCCCACUCAAGUAACAGCACCGCCGAACGGCGCUCGUAUUGGUGGAUCCGUAUCGAGUACUAGCGCUGGAUCUGCUACUCUGCGUGAAGUGAGUGAAACGAAAGAAACCUGUGCCGAGCAGCCGCCGUCGACGACAGAUAGAUUCCAAUCAUCUUCUACUAGCGAUGAACGUAACCAUGUUAAGCUUCAUUCUAUCUUACCUCACCAAAAGGCGCCAAAGCUGCGCUUUGUCUCUUCUGUAGAGUUUAGAAACUCAUCAGGGGAGACGGUGACGGGCCAGCUAAGUCCAAGCAGUCCGACCGAAGACAGUUCCGGAGAAUUACGUACCGACAGGCCUCGCUUACAACGUUCUAUGGGCCAAAGCAAGAAGACCUUCCGCUUAAGAAAAAGUCGAAAGAGUCACAUUGAGACGAAAUUGGAACAGACAAGUGCGACCAUCGCGGAACAAUCAACGACUCAAUCGAAAACGAUAACGCAGACGUCAUCGGCGGCGGAUCCAUCAUCAUCUAACAUCCCAUCCAAUUCCUCGUCCGUGCGUUCCAAGCGAAGUCUGUCUACUCGCAAAUCGGACGGAGAUAAAAACUCCAAUGUGCCUGCGGACCAGCAACAAUUCCACGGAGCGGGACAUCAGCAUCAUCAUUGUCAUCACCACUUUCAUCACCACAUGCAUCCUCAGGCGUCAGACGUGUCCUGGGACGAAGACACGUCCAGUACUUCCGGGUACCGUGAGUCGUACAGUAUGCAGAUCGUGUCAUUAGACGGCAACAAUGCUCGCUCGGGCCAGGCACCGCCUUUGGCAUCGCCGGAUCUAAAUGACAUGCCAUCCACGAGCAGCACGACCACGAAUUAUAUUGCCUUCGAUGGCAGUUCUCCGGAUUGCUCGAUGAAUGGCAGCGGAGGCGAGAAAACCGCUCUGUUAACUUCGAGCCAGAAAACAACUUCUCAGCAUUCUCUAUUAAUGGUCUUUCAACCAAAUCAGGAUGAAGAUACAUUAAUAUAAAUCGCAAAAAUCCAUUGAUUGAGACUGAUAAUUUAAUAUGAUCAAUGUGAGAGGUAAGAAUUUAAUGAUAACUGAUAAUUCAAAUUCAUGUUUAAAUAUCGGGAUUGAUAUACAUGGAGGAUUAUAAGAUCACUAAACUUAUUUACCUCUUAAAUCCUCCGUGGCUAGUGAGAUGUAUGUGUCCUAUCGUAAUUUGGCAUAAGAAAUGUUUUUAUACUAAUACAAUGAAUUUUACAAAUCGUAAAUGUGAGACGUAUAUAUGUCCCGAUAAUUAAACUUCGUGAAACACGUAACGUUCUGUUUAGAAUUUUUGCGAGAUAGCUGCGAUAUAGUAUAUUUUGAAUAGUCUUUGAAGAGUCUUUUAAUAAAAUAUUAUAAAAUUGUUAAAGCACAAGCAGAGAGAUCAAAUUGAUGAUUCGUAAAAUUUAGCUUGUUUGAUCACGUGCAUUUCGAUGCUUUUAAAGAGUUUAGACUAGGCAAUGCAGUAGGCCUAAUCGUUUAUAUGCUGUGAUUGUAUAUACAGGCAUAUUUGAAAUAAAAUACUCUACGAAUA